AGAUUAUCACGUUUGAAUUAGUGUGUUUUAGAGGGUGUUGUUAAAGAGUUAAGUUUUUUAUUGUUUACCCGCAAAUAGAGGUAAAGUACUAUACAAUUCCCGGCCGAAAUAGCAAUUACCGACCUCGUUCAGUUUAAAAAGACUCGGCUGGCGUCUAUCCUUACAAAAUCACUUGAGAGGUAUUCGGCUUCGCCUCGGCAAUUAUUCGCUUUAUUUCAGGCCUGGACUGUAAUAGGUAGUUACCGAUUAGAUAACAGGUCCGUAAUUGUUGCGCGAGUUUUUUCGUUCAAUCAAUGUACAAUAAAUAAUCGAUAAUCAUAUAUAAUUAAUCAACGUAAAAUAUAAUAUCAAUCAUAGUACAAUUCUUUUGUUUUAUUCCGAAUAAAAAUCUUCCGAUUUAUUCCGAUUUUUAGCUGACCAAUUUAACGAUAUUUAAUUUUAGACUUUUGUCUGUUUGCAACACUAAGUAGCACCGCCAUUGAGUUUAAAACUUUCGAACUUCCAUAUUGUGAUUUUCACGUGCUAUUUUUUAAAACUUAGUAAAAACCAAAAAUUAAUUUUAAAAAUGGCAGAAAAGCAAGAAGAAGUUGAGCGACAAAAUAUUACUCAGAUUCUAGAAGACGAUGAUGAGUUCCCGGAAGAAGCAUCAGACACAGAAGCGGGCUCACAGCCUGAUGUACAAGAAAUCGAGGAAGAAAUGUGGGAGUCCGACUGGGAAGUUGACCACGUCGAAGACUCGUUCACCAGGGCGUUAGAUGAAGAGGUCAAGAAAAUCCACGAAGAUUCCAAGAAAUCCAAAACGAUGAAAGAAUCCGAAACAAACAAAGAAUCCGAAACGAACAAAGAAUCCGUAAUGAAGAAGGAAUCCGAAACGAAGGAUAAUAAAAAAUUACAUAAUAUGUAAUAUUACCAUUAACUUUAAAUCAAUAAACUAAAUUUAAAAAGUAAAAUUUCUUUAUUUCAGACCUUGACUCUUAAGGUGUUAGUACAAUAUUUACUUAAUAGUAUGUUAGUAUAACUUAACAUAAAAAUAAUUAAGGAUAAAGUUGAAAACUAGUAGUUUAGGCACUACGGUGGAACGGACAGGAUCUGGAUACAAACAUACAUACACACAUACAUACAUAGACUGCUAAAAUCAUAACCCUUCCUUUUGGCUUUGCACAGUCGGGUAAAAAUAAAAUAAAACCUUAAUACUUGCCAGUAUGCACUGAGGGACUAAGUAUGUAUAUAUCCUACACAUAUACACACAUGUGUAUGUAUCCAGUGCCUCAGUAUAGGGCAGCCUGGCUUUUUUGGAUGAUGGAGGCAAGGCAGUGGUUCAGUAUCAACAAGUGCUGGACAAGAGAUUUCUGCAUUCAUAUUAUAGCCCCGGAUGGUUCGUAUCACCCAGCUGAGUGCAAGGCUGACCUCCAAUGCAUACCACAGUCUUCUUAACCUCUGACUCAGGGCACUGCCAGUCUUUCCUCCAGGUCCAAAAGGACAGUUAAAAAUAAGUAACCUAUCAUUAACCUAUAUACCAAUGUAUUACUUUUAUACAAUACUAAGUGCUGCAAUCUUUUCAUAGCAGCUUACUUAUGUUGCUCUAAGUAUUUCUAUGGUAUUUCUCUCAUAUGUGUAGUAAUUUUCAUAAACUGCAGUUUUAUUGUAAUAAAGAAUUAAUUUCUUGUAGCACUUGUAGGUUGUAUGUAGAUUAAAAUUGUUGUUG